GCGAUGUAAAGAAAUAAAGGAGCCAGUCUGGCUGGACUAGUCACUAAAGCAUGUGAUACGAGGUCAUAUCUCCGCCGUCAUGUCACUGUCGUCGUAUGACGAGCUGCUGAAGCAGGUGGAAUGUCUGAAGUCCGAGAACUCCCAUCUGAGACGAGAGCUGCAGGACAACUCGAGUCACCUGACGAAGCUGGAGAAUGAGGCAUCCAACAUGAAGGAUGUCCUCUCCCACAUCCAGCUGGCCAUGCAGGACAGUGAGUGCGAGUACCAGGAGGGGGAGGAGCCCUGUGAGGCAGGCGCCAGCAUCAGCACCAACCUGGGGGACUUAAGUACAGACGACCUUGGUGAGCGUGAUGACAACGAGAGCUGGGCCGAUGCCGUGGACAAUGUCACAUGUCUCAAGUCUGAGGUCAACUCCCCCAACGGCCAUUUCACUCAUGCAGAACACGAGAUCUACGCCCAGCUGCACAACCUCGACCUAGAGAGGAAUGCGUUGAUGCGGGAGAUUCAGACAGAAGACAGUCUCAGAGAGCGUUUCUUCCAGCAGCUGGAGAUAUUGUCACAGAAACUGGAGAGUCUUCCACUCUCGGAAACGUACAACCUGCAGACGGACAUGACCCGCCGCCAGGUGGAGUACGAAGCCAAGAAGCUGGAGGAAGCCAUGACGGAGAAGUUUGGGACAAGUGAGCAUAUCGCUCAACGACAGGAAGCCAGGCUGCAGCGGAUACGCAACAUUGAGGCUGAGAUGAUGAUGCUGCAGCAACGUCAUCGAGAGCAGCAGUUACUCAAGCAGCAGCAGCUGAGUCUGGAGCGGGGUCAGAAUCCCAGCUGUGUGAAGGACGUGGCCACCAAUACAGCAUUGUGUGGAGAGAUAUUUGUUCCAAAGCCUGGCAGCGACAACGCUCGUACGAGUGACAAGUCCGUGUUUGGCUUGACACAUGGGUCUGUCAUGAUCAGCAUAGCAACACAGACGUCUGACGUCAUCAUCCAGGAAAAUCCAGACAUCCUGCAGGCCAAUAUCUCCCAGAAUAACACCUUGUCUUCCAUAUACCACGGGUCCUGGCCAAUAGGGAAGGAGCUUCCGAAUGGAGAAGAGGGAGUGAUCCCCGACCUCAGAGGUCAUGACCUUGCAAGCGUCAUGAGCUUCAACUCCACAAACACCAGCAGCACAAACAGUUCUGCCGCUGCCCCCACUGAUGACCGGACCGAGCAGCAUCAGCAACUUGGCACCAAGGUGGAGAUGGUGUACUCACUACUGUCGAUGCUGGGCACACAUGACAAGGACGAUAUGAGUCGUACCCUCCUAGCAAUGUCCAGCUCCCAGGACAGCUGUAUAGCCAUGAGACAAUCAGGGUGUCUCCCGUUGUUGAUACAGUUGCUGCAUGGGAGUGACAAGGAUUCCGGGUUGCUCGGCAACACAAGAGGAAGUAAAGCCGCCCGAGCACGUGCGUCUGCGGCACUGCACAACAUUGUUCAUUCUCACCCUGAUGACAAGCGCGGACGGCGAGAAGCCCGUGUGCUGAGGCUUCUGGAACAAAUACGAGCUCACUGUGACCAAUUAAGGGGAGAUAACUCUGAAGAGGAAGACGAACCAAAGAACAACAAGCCAGGAAGUGGAGCUGCACGAGCCUCCGACAUUGACCACCAUCCUGGCCCAGCCAUAGCUGCACUCAUGAAGCUGUCCUUUGAUGAGGAGCACCGCCACGCUAUCUGCACUCUGGGUGGUCUACAGGCUAUAGCUGAGUUGCUGGAGGUGGAUCACGAUGCCCACGGCCCCACCACUGAGCAGUACAACAUCACGAUGAGGCGGUACGCAUGCAUGGCCCUGACCAACCUGACAUUCGGUGAUGGGACCAACAAGGCGUUGCUGUGCUCCAUGAAGGGCGCGAUGGAGGGCCUGGUGGCCCAGCUUGGCUCACCCAAUGAAGACCUGUGUCAGGUAGCUGCCAGCGUGCUGCGCAACUUGUCCUGGCGUGCCGACCUUGCCAGUAAAAAGACUCUCCGUGAGGUGAACGCUGUGACCACACUGAUGGCAGCAGCUAUGCAAGUGAAGAAGGAGUCCACUCUCAAGAGUAUUCUAAGUGCCUUGUGGAACCUGUCUGCUCACUGCACCGAGAACAAGGCGGACAUCUGUGCCGUGUCAGGGGCACUGGAAUUCCUGGUCAGUAUGCUCACCUACAAGAGCCCUUCCAAGACUCUCGCCAUCAUUGAGAACGGCGGCGGAAUCCUGCGCAACGUGUCUAGCCACAUCGCCGUGAGGGAGGACUACCGCAAGGUGUUACGGCAACACAGUUGCCUGCAGCUCCUGCUCAAGCACCUGCGUUCCACGAGUCUGACGAUUGUGAGCAAUGCUUGUGGGACCCUGUGGAACCUGUCGGCUCGAUGCCAGGAGGACCAGCAAGCCUUGUGGGAGAUGGGUGCGGUCAGCAUGCUGAGGAACCUGGUUCAUUCCAAACACAAGAUGAUAUCCAUGGGAAGUGCUGCUGCCCUCAAGAAUCUGCUCUCAGCUCGGCCAGCUAUGAAGAAUCUGGAUCUUGACAGGAUCUCGGGAUCCAACCGUCCAGGCCUUCAUGCCAGGAAAGUCCGAGCGCUAGAACAAGAGUUGGAUGAAAACCUGGCAGAAACCUGCGAGAAUGUCGAGAGUCCGAGAAACAGUCCAACUGAGACCAAGAAGGAAAACGCCUACACACGCCGCUACUCUGGUGACAACGUUGUGGUUUUCCCAGUUGCUGACACAGAACCUCGCCGACCAAUGAUGCGAGGUCACAUGUUCCCGAGAUCAGGAAGUACCGACAGUGCAGGAGUGGACGGUAAACUGCGCUCUCCGCAGCGGGUUGCACGAUCUGGCAGUCAGGAUAGCGUGGGAAGCACCCACUCCGACAUCUCCCACGACCGCUCGCGGGCACACACCAUGCUGGCCAAGAGCUCGCGUCUACUGCACGAACGUCAGGCUGGCAGCCUGGAGAGGAAGCGGGACGGAGGAGGACUGCACAGGUUCAACUCAGACGGCGGUGCUGUGGAUAGAACCAGAGUGGGCGGAGCACCAAACAGUCGGAUACUCCAGGUGAUGCAGGAAGUUGCAAUGCAUGCUGGUCUACCCGCCAAUUCAACGGUGGAACCUGAAUCCCAACAAAGUCCUCGCAAUGUUCGUGCUCUGGCAUAUCAGUCGGCUCAGAUCAAGGCAGGAAACUUCAAUGGUCCUCAAAGAAGCCUCAUUGAACAAUUUGGUAAGAAGCCUUUCAACUACCUUCCGAAUGCUAAGGAAAUGUAUAUCGGCCCCAAGAGGAACAAUGUCGACGUGGGUGACACAGGGGCCGAAGGGGAUGAACAGCCAAUCAACUACAGUCUAAAAUACCAGGAUGUUGGUGCUGGCGGUAGUCGUGGAGACCAGCUUAAUAAUCGACCUCAGGUCAAAGUUGGAAAUUUUGUUGGCUCCACAAUGGUACCAAGAGCUAUGCCGAACAUGGUGCACAACCGAUUCCCAGCUCCCAACAACACCCGCAACGUUUAUGAGCCUCGUCACCGCAAUGUCGGAGCACAUCAGGGCAUCCCCACCCAGUAUGGAGCAUACGCUGAGACUGACAUCGACAUGGAUGAUCAGCCCACCAACUUCAGUCUCAGGUAUGCGGAGAAUGUAGAGGAAACUUUCCAGGACCAGCCAAUUAACUACAGUGUACGAUAUCAGGAGGCAGACCCUAGCCAAAGAUAUCACCAGGCUGAAAACAAUGGUCGAUAUCAAGAAGCAGAUCCCAGUCAACGAUAUCACCAGGCUGAAAACAAUGGUCGAUAUCAAGAAGCAGAUCCCAGCCAACGAUAUCACCAGGCUGAAAACAAUGGUCGAUAUCAAGAAGCAGAUCCCAGUCAACGAUAUCACCAGCCUGAAAACAAUGUACGAUAUCAGGAAGCUGAGACAGAUUCAAGCACACCAUAUGAGGAAUCUGACCCACACUGUGCCGAUUGCAAACUGGAAGAAGCUCGCAGGACCAAUGAGAGACUUGAUGAGUAUAUGCCUAGUUUCUUCACUGAUGACCAGGUUAAGACGUUCUGCACGGAAGGGACACCCUACCUGUCCACGGCUACGUCACUCACAGAUCUCACUGGCAAGAUUCAAUACAAAGAGGAAGCAGAGCCUAAGAAAGAGUGUGAAGAAGCAGAGGAUGAAACAAAGGACUACAGCAACACAUUUGAAGAGCCGAAUUGUGCAUCUAAUCCUGCUGAGACAGGGCCCACUGUGGUGGCAGUGGACGCCAGCAGUGCCAACCCUGACGGUGGCGAGGCUGCAGACGCGAUACUGGAGCAGUCCUUCCACUCCCCAACAUCCAGGGAUGUGCCCAUGGACCAGCCAAAGACAUACUGCGAGGAGGGGACACCAGUCUGCUUCUCCAGAGUCAGUUCUCUCAGCAGCCUGCACAGCAGUGAAGCUCGGGAUCUGCCUGAGUCCCAUGGAGGCCGCCAUCACCUUGUUCUUUCCAGCAUAGAGGAAUCGGAGAAGGGAGAGGCAAUGUCUGCGUCAGUGAUCGAGAACUCAGAGGCAAGGAAGACAAUCAAGACAUCUGGGACAGUUUCAUCUACCACGCCUGGAACAGGCGGAUCUACAACUCCUGGAACAGCCGGAUCUACCACACCAGGGACGGCAGAAGUUGUGGAGAAGGAGCACAAGACAGUGACAUUUGAUGAUCACCAUCACGUGGAGGAGACUCCACUCAUGUUCUCCCGCUGCAGCUCACUGGGGUCUCUCAGCAGUUUUGAUACUCAAUCUGUGCACAGCUCGGUGAUCAGUGAGUACAGUCGGCUGGCGAGCGAGGUUGUGUCUCCCAGCGAACUCCCUGACUCCCCUAGUGAAACAAUGCCUACAAGUCCAAAACCAGAACCACAGGAAGAAAAGGCAGACUUGGCGCAGAAACCAGAAGACUUCACCGAGGAGAUUGUCUGUGAUUCUGAUGUUGCCCAACCUGUGUCCAGCCUGGCAGCCCUGAUAGCUGCUGACAACCUGUCUGUGGUCAGCAAGAUGGAGGCCCCGGUGGUAUAUGCAGACGAAGGCACACCACCCACUAUGUCCGACACACACAGCAUGCUCAGUGCACUGACCAUCGAUGACGAGGCUGUAGGAAAGAAGACCGACCUCAACCAGGAUGACAGUACAUCUGAAGACACCAAGGCUUCCAACCAUUUAAAUGAAGAGAAUUCUUCCAUGUCGGAGGUGUCUGAGGGAGAAGAGGACAUCUUAGCUCAGUGCAUCAGCUCCGCUAUGCCAGUGCCAAAUAACUCAAGCCGCAAGAUGAGGAAAAGCUCGUCAGACAAUGCAAUCAAGAAGAAGUCUGGUGUGCCAAAGAUUGAUAACCUUGGGUCAGCCACGAAAUCCAAGCUUCCAACGAAAGUGACAAAUAUCACAGCUCAAGCUUCCAAAUCUCCCACAGCUGUCAACAAACUCCCACGUAAAGACCCAAAAUCUCCUGGCGGGAAGUUAAGUCCUCCAGGUAAGACUAUUCCACUGACACCUAGUAAAACUGAAGACAGGAAGACUGGUUCCCGUAUAGCUCAGAGCACAACUAAAUCUUCACUAGCAUCACAUUUAGCUCAGCCUGCUCCCAGAUCACCACAGACUCCCCGUGGAGGACCAAAUCGGGGACCUCAAACACCUAGAGGUCCUCAAAACAAUCGCCUUCCACAGACCCCCCAGACAGGAGGUCCCCACUCUGUUGGGCCUCAAGCUCGGCCUCAACUCACACCCAACAAGCCUCCUGUUGUGCCAACUGUCUCCACACCACAUCACCUGCAGUAUGUGAGCGAUGCCCAGCAGCAGUCCACCCCCAGACAGCCAAGUCAUGCAGACAUAGACAGUUACUCCCCAGACUUUAACGUUGACACAGUCAAGACAUACGCCACAGAGGGAACGCCUCUCAACUUCUCCAAUGCUAAUUCAGUGAGUGACCUGAGCUCACUGUCGUUUGACGAUACUUCCAUAAAGCAGUCCCCAGCACCCGCAGUGGAGGACAUAACCUCUGACAUCACAUCUGACAACAGCUCCCUCUGUGAGGAGACUGAGGAGUUGCUUGUGUCACAGGUCAUUCAAGCAGCCAUGCCGAAAAGUAAAGUAGCCCGACGUUUAGACAUGGACCGUCAGGCCGAAGGUGCUGAAGAUAUCAACCAAAAACCAGCAUCCCAAGUUGUCCCACUCAUCAAACACUCACCACCUUCCUCAUCUUCUAAAAUCCCAGCAGCUCAAGUUGCUCCAGUCCGACAGUUGCUUGGUGCUCCCGCAACCUUCCAACCACAGAGAACAUCAAGUGUUGCCACUCAACCACAAGCGACAUCCAAGUCCUGUGAAGCGGCCGAUACCGUGAAGUCUUAUGCUGUUGAGGGGACUCCUCUCAACUUUUCGAAUGCGACGUCACUCAGCGAUCUGACUAUUGAUUCUGUGGAUGAUACAGCCAGGUUCAGGGCGUCUGACACACAUAAGGUUUCCAAUAUGACAUCGGCUAGCCAAGGUCAGAUAGAUGACUGUGUUCUAUGGAGGGACUCGGUGGACUCUCCACAAGUGUAUCAGGUAGAAGGCACACCUCUCGUAUUCUCACGCAACGAUUCCCUGAGCGAGCUGAGCAUGCUGAGCGGAGACAUGCAGGGUCUGGUGGAGAAGCAUGAUGAGGUUUCCGACACAGUCAGCUCCAGCUCCAGCUCCAUCCCCAAAGAGAGACAUGUUGUGGGGCAGUCCAGUGAAGAGAGCAGUGUCAUCAUUGACCACACCAAGGACAGCGAGGAUAACUGUAAGCGGUAUGCAAUGGAAGACACUCCCAUGUGUUUCUCCAGAAACUCCUCACUGAGUUCUCUACACAGCCCCGAGCCCAACAAACCUACAUCAGACACCACUGUGAUCACAGACCAGCGUGUGCCUUUCAAGGUGGAGGACACUCCAACUGUGUUUUCUCGGAACAGCUCUCUUAGUGAGCUCAGCAUCGAAUCCACAGCCUUUGACCCCACGCCAUCAGAACAGGCGCUACUAGAUGAAUGUAUCAGUUCAGCCAUGCCAAAGAGUCGGAUCAGUCGUGGGGAGGACAAGUUUAGACGUUCAAUUGGGGGUAAAGUUAAGAGUGACAAGAAGUUGUCCAAGAGUACGUCCCUGGAAAUGAGGUCCGAUGACUCGAUGGACGAGGGUGUGUUCAAGAAGCCCGGGAGCAAGGCUAUGUCCUACAGCUGCUCAGAUGCUGGGGAAAUACAGCGGGUGUCUCACUCCUCCAGCACUCAGGAAUCUCUAGCCAGCUCCUGGCACACGCAGUCCUCACAACACAACUCACGCUUCGGCUGGAAGCGGUCCCACUCACAGGACAGCGAAUACUUUGUCAAGGCCAAGAAAGACAGUUCUAACAGUGAAAUCGCCAAAAUGAACCGGCCCUUUCGUGAGUCUGCUGACACGUUGGAGGAGACGACUGUAUCAUAUGAUAACCGCAUGCUGGAGGAGGCGAGGGCGUUGCGGGAGAAGCUGCUCACGGCGAGCUGUGACUCAGCAGUCACCGACUCCAUGACAGAGAAGAUCGACAGUGAGAAGUCCCAUCUAAACGACAGCUUCAUCAUGAAGAUGGCUCUGACCCAGUCCCAGGGCAGCUGUGAUGAUGUGAUGGACACCUCCUUCCCGCAGGAUCUCAAUACAGAAGACGACGGAAUUAUGGACGAGUCUGAGGUGUCAGGGAACGAAGCAGACACAACGGUUGUCAGAAACGUCCUGGCCGAUGAGACAAUCAUGAACAAUCGAGACACCUCCAGCUCAUUUGAAGAAGAAAUCUCACCUGAAGAUAUUCUGUUACUUGAAGAAAAUGCCAGCUUGAUUGUGUCUGAACUGUCCACCAACCAGAUGUCUGGUAGUGUCUGUGAUGAUGACAUGUUCAUUGAGAACGAGACGAUGUCACUUGUGUCUAAUGACUACACCUCGGACACAGCAUCGGAGGUGUCUGUGUCCUGGUCCAACACAUCGGAGAAAGUCAGUGAGUAUUCAGGAUCCACCAUCUCACAGACAGAGGGAUCAGUAGCAUCACAGAAACGACCAAAAAUAGUGAAACCUGACAAAGAGAAUUUGAACCGAACACCACCCAAGGGGAACACGGCAGCUGUGAGAGGACGCAGAAAACCUCUGUACACCAACAGCAGCAGGUCGUCUACAUCAUCGGUUAGAUCGACAUCAACAACCAGAUCAGAAGUAAGCACACACAGUGCACGCCCUGUCACCAACAGCAGGUCUCCAGCUGCCAAGCCUCAGAACCAGACCACAGGGUUAAAGAAAGUGUCUCCUCGAUCUCAGACCCAGGGUCCAAGUGCCAGUAGCACACCCAACAAAACUGCUGCUAAUAGACGUCAGUCUCGCAGCCCAGCAGCUACCAACAGGAGCAACUCAGCAUCCAGCAUUCCAAGGUCACCGCUGGCUAAAACCAGUCCCCAGUCCAAGCUACAGUCUUCUAAAGACAAUGCAGCGAAGACUAAGACCGACCGACCAAAACCUCUCAUCAAACAGGGGACGUUCACUAAGGACACAGCAUCUGUGAGUGCACCUACUAUAGAUAUGGACCACAAUGCCAACAAGACCAAUUCAGAAUCUGUGAAGAUGAGAGAAAAGAAAACAUCCCCAUCUCAGAAUCAGCGUAAUUCUGGAGGUUCUAAUAGGAAUUCUGGAGGAAGCCAAAACGAGGCUUGGAGUAAAGCACUGGAUAGUUUCAACUUCAUGGUAGACACCCCUCAAGAAAAUGGUUAUGAUGCACGGUACAAACAAAUUCAGAUGCAGAGAAAUGGAAAUGAUGGGUCAGGCUCAGUGAAAAGAACAGCAAAUACUUCUUUGGCUGGUAAGAAGCCUUCUAACCUUGCUCGUCCAGUCCAGGGGCAGACAACUCCUCCAAGAAGUAACAGCAAGAGCAACUUGAAUAAGUCUGGGAGUGGUGGCAACCUGCGCAAGACCAGCAGUGGAACAAGCCUCACCAAAACCCAGAGCGGGUCCAGCCUCUGCAAAACCAGCAGCGGAAGCUCCCUCAACCGUGGGGGCUCUGCCUCCAACCUCAAGAGACUAGAGAGCAAAUCAGAACUUAAGAAAUCUGACAGUAAUGCAAGUCUGAAAACUAAUUCCAGACCUACAACCCCUGUUGGACGACGUCCAUCUAACACCAGUGUCGGAGGCAGGAAGAGUGAGGGAGCAUCGCCUAACAAAACUUUCUCAGCGGGUGGAGACAAGAAGGUUGCCACACCCACUUCUGACAAGAAGCCACCGGUAGGCGGGAAGAAGCAGGUGCCAAGUAAGAUUGCAACUCUUUGGAAGAAAGAGGAUGGAGACUCUCCACCACCAGCAACAGCUUCCAGACUUCCUGUUUCUGCAGCAGCAGCCAAGACCAAGAGCUCCCCUCCAAAGCCCAGCAACCUCCCAGCACCUAGUGGCAAGCCGAGAACCAAUAAGCCACCACCACCCAAACGAACAGACUCUCUUGCUACUGAGCAAGUUCCUAAAGAAGGUAUAACUAAAAGUAGCACAUAUGACAAAAUCUCUGCAGACCUGGAUGCUGGCAGUGUCCCUUCCUCUGAUGUUGUGGAUGUUGAGGAUGACCUUGAAUGUGAUUUAAAACGGCCUUCCAAGAAAGUCCAUCACACCCAGCUGAACCACUGCGAGACGACUGACAGCAUCCAUGUGGCUGUCAAUGGGAUCAAUGACAAGUCUGACUCCACCCUCCUGUACGAUAACAGCUGCAUGUCGAGCCUCUCCUGCUCUGUCGACUCUCUUGAUGACAUCUCAAUGCAUUCCCUGCCUGUGAACAGUGGAACUUGGAAGAAGAAGCGAGCAGAAGGAUCUCUUACUCUCCCCAAUGCAGACGAAACCUGUCGGUCUGUGCCCAGCUCCUUGUCCACAAUUGUCAACCAAUCUUGUGAUGACAGCAUGCCGGGGAACGUGUGGCGGAGGUACCCUGACGAGAUGACCUCGGCCCCGCAGGGGAGCCACAGAUCUGGGUCAAGCGGGACAGCAAGAAGGAUGGAAAAUCAAAAUCCAAAAGCUCCAAGAAAGAAGGGAAGUCUGUUGCUCAAAGCAUCAAGUCAACUCUGUUUGGAAAGAAACCAGGCCUUAGCAAAAUCUUCCGGUUCUCAGAAGCAGGGAAAGGACAAGAAGAGCAAGGAUGAUGCCAAGUUGACAGAGAACUGUCGCAAUCUGCUGGCAAACCCCAAGGCAGGAACUCUUUGGCAGGAGUCCCGCACCAGCCCCUCGGCAAUAGUUCCCCCAUUUAACUACAGCCCACCAGCUGCCCCAAAACCAGAACAACAACCAGUGGUCCAGAACAACAGGUCAGAGGUCACUACCGACAUCGUGAUCACAGACAACAAACGAUCAGGUCUUCCAACUCUGGGUUCUAAACACGCCACCAAAACUGAAAUGUUGUUGGCAAGACGAAGACAGUCAUAUCUGAAUAACUCAAUGAAAAUCGAUGAAAACAGUGUAGAGGAUGACAACAAAAGACCAUGUAUGGUGACAACUGUGUGAAGUUGUGACUGUAUUACCUGUGACUGUGUUACCUGUGACUGUGUUACCUGUGACAUACUUCAAUGCCUGUGGGACACCUGUUGACACGGUCACUCUAGUUGAGGGACACCUGUUGACACGGUCACUCUAGUUGAGGGACACCUGUUGACACGGUCACUCUAGUUGAGGGACACCUGUUGACACGGUCACUCUAGUUGAGGGACACCUGUUGACACGGUCACUCUAGUUGAGGGACACCUGUUGACACAGUGACUCAAGUUGAGGGACACCUGUUGACACAGUGACUCAAGUUGAGGGACACCUGUUGACACGGUCACUCUAGUUGAGGGACACCUGUAUGUUACUGUGUGUCUCUGCUGAUUAUUGCCUUAGCCAGUGGAAUGACAUUGCCAGCCUCUGCCUGUAGACUGCUGUAUGUACAGAUAAGGCAGAAUGUGGGAACUGUGGUCCUCAGCUAUGUGGACAGAUACAUUCUUUGGCAGAUCGGCUACUGGCUUUAUGUAUUACACAAAUGAUCAAGUGGUGUUUUAGUGCAUGUGUUGUGCUGUUUAUAAGUCCCUGAUGUCUCGGAGGACAACGCUUCAGCUUUUCCUGAUGAUGUGUUCUGCCACCAGGACCUUCUGCUUGCUGCUUCCGUGUGUUAAUUUAUUGUGUGAUGGUGACCGUGGUGGACAAUGGCCAAGUGUACAUAGUGUGCCCCUGUACAUACCCUGUAUAUAACCGUGUAUAUACCCUGAACAUGUACAUUAUCACCUUAAUGUGUGUAGUUGAGCCCUCAUCAAGUGUAGUGACGUGAUGGCUGUAGUAUAGUGACAGUUGUAGUGACGUGAGACAGCUGUAGUGACGUGAGACAGUUGUAGUGACGUGAGACAGCUGUAGUGACGUGAUGGCUGUAGUGAUCUGAGACAGCUGUAGUCACGAGACAGAUGUAGUGACAUAAGACAGCUGUAGUGACGUGACAGCUGUAUUUACCCGUGACAAGUGACAGCUGCAGUGUCAUUCUCUUGUGUUUGCAUGUGAAGAACGUAGUGAGACUAGCUGACAUGAAGGUGCUAUCCUGAAGAGAGACAGCUGUGCUAAAAGCAGGAGAUCCUGUGCGUUAAUGUGGUCGGAGAUCCUGUGCGCUAAUGUGGUCGGAGAUCCUGUGCAUUAAUAAGGCAGGAGAUCCACUGUCUGGAGAUCAAAUUAAUAUGCUAUGUGUUGUGGAGGUUCUAAAAUCAAAUUGAUCUGAAGACUAUGUAACAUUGUGACACAUCUCGCUGAAGGAACCCUAAGAUUUUGAAACAUUGUAACACUCAGUGACACAUCUAGCUGACGAAUCCCCAGAUCAUGUAACAUUGUGUAAUCCUGAGUCUUUUUAACAUUGUGACACUGAGCGUCACAUCAGGAUGUUCAUUGUGGAUUAAUAUUGUCUUUGCUUUGUUAAAUAUUUGUUGUGAAAAUUUGUCCCCGAGACACCUAACAUUUAGCAACACAGAAUAACCAGCCUGACACCCAUUUGUCACAUUCUUUACUGAUGUACACUAGAUAACAACUGAUCCUAGUCUCCCCACAAUAAAUACAGUUAUGCAUUUUCUGUGUACAUUUCUGGUCAAUGUUUGUGUUUAAGUGAUGGCAAGUCCCACAAAUAUUUCAAUAUGCAGCCCCCAUACCCACUCUGUCACUUGACAUCAGCCCCACCGACCCACCCACACCCCUCUUUCUGGUCACCAUCGGCUUCUGCCGUCACUUCAACUUGUUCUAACAUGAGUGCUGUGACAAGUUUGUCGUUACUCACAAAA